AUGUCCCGCCUCUUCCUCUGCGUGUCCGUCAUCGUCGCUUUGUGGUCGGCGGCGGCACUCAGUCUGUCAGUCCUGGUUCUGGUUCUCCCGUACCCCGCUUCCCUCCAGGGGGUCAAGCAAUACCUCCUGGAUCUCGAGAGAGCAGAAGCUCUGGUCCUGGAGGAGGAGGAGCUGCCGGGAGCUGAGUUCUCCUCCCUCUGGAGCUCCAACUGCAGGUUCAAGGCAGCAGUGUUCUCCAACCCUCCGGAGGCCCACAUGCUGCUCCGCUCCCGGCGGGCCAACUCCUUCCUGGAGGAGCUGAAGCCGGCGUCCAUGGAGCGCGAGUGUGUGGAGGAACGCUGUGACUUUGAAGAAGCCCGAGAGAUCUUCAGGACCAGGGAGGCGACCCUGGAGUUCUGGACCGUGUACACAGAUGGGAACCAGUGCCUCUCCAGCGUGUGCGUUCACGGGUUCUGCGUGGAUCAGUACCAGGACUACGCCUGCCGCUGUAACCAUGGAUACGAGGGCAAAUACUGCGACCAGCCUCUGACAGACACCAACUGCUCGCUGGACAACGGCGGCUGCGACCACGAGUGCUGGGAGAGCGAGGACGGCCUGGGGAGGAGCUGCAGCUGCCUGGGCGGCUUCAAGCUGCACGCCGACUCCAAGAGGUGCGAACCCAAAGGGCUCUCGUCUUGCGGCCGGCUGCUGAUCAACAGGUCGUCCUUCACCAAACCGAGAGACGGCCUGCUGCCCUGGAUGGUGGGAGGGGAGGUGGGCAAGAAGGGGGAGAGUCCCUGGCAGGCGCUGCUGCUGGACGCCAGAGGGAGCUUCCACUGCGGCGGCGUCCUGAUCGAUGAGAACUGGGUGCUGACCGCCGCCCACUGCCUCGAGAACAACUUCCGGUUCAGGGUGCGACUGGGUGACUACGAGCGCCACAGAGACGAGGGCACCGAGGUGACCCUGAAGGUCAUCAGGACCUUCAAGCACCCGCACUACGAAAGCCGGACGGUGGACAACGACAUCGCCCUGAUGCGCCUGGAGACGCCCGCCCCCUUCUCCCAGUACGUCGUCCCCGCUUGCCUGCCGGGCCGCGACAUGGCGGAGCGGGUGCUGCACCUGAACGGCACCCUCACCGUGGUGACCGGCUGGGGCAAGCAGGGCAUGGACGACACCACCUUCAGCUCGGCGCUCAACGUCAUCCGGGUCCCGCUGGUGGACCGCGGCCUCUGCUCCCGCCAGAUGACCAACAACAUCUCCGACAACGUCCUCUGCGCCGGGGUCCUCGGGCAGCGGACGGACGCCUGCGAGGGGGACAGCGGCGGCCCGAUGGUGGCGCUGUACCGAGACACCUGGUUCCUGGUCGGCCUGGUGUCCUGGGGGGAGGGCUGCGGCCGGGGGGACAAGCUGGGCGUCUACACCAAGGUGUCCAACUACAACGAGUGGAUCCGCGGCGUGCAGGAGGACUGGGACAAAGGACACAACCCACAACCCCCCAGAGUCUGA